AUGACUCAUCUACCUUCAAGUAUACACAUUACAUCACGAAAAGCAACUAUUAUGCAUACUUACGUUGUGUCGAUGGAUCCACGAUUUAAUAAUGAAACAUUGGGUUUUUUACAAUUUCUCGCGCAAAAUAAACCAUCCGAUGGUGUUCCAACUGUUGAAUCUAUGCGUCAUUUUUUGGACAAUAUUCAUGGCAAAAUUAAUGAGAAAUUAAACGGAACAUUCAAAGGAAAUCUCGAAGAAAGAUCGAUAAAAACCAAAUCAACGGAUAUACAAAUUAGUAUUUAUACACCAAUCGAUGCGAAAAAAGAUAUAUUAGGUAUCUUUUUCCAUGGAGGAGGUUGGGUUUUGGGUAAUCGACAAUCACAUCAAGUUGGUGUUAAUUCCAUGGCUGAUGCAACAAAAACAAUUUGGAUAUCAGUUGAAUAUCGUCUUGGACCAGAAUAUAAAUAUCCCAUUUGGCUCGAUGAUUGUUGUGAUGUAACUCAAUACAUCAUCGAAAAUAAAACUUCAUUCUGUGUUGAUGCAACAGCAAAGGUUGGUGUAGCUGGAGAUAGUGCAGGAGGAAUGAUCGCUGCAUCUAUCGCUCGUACAAUAAAAAAUCUCGAUUUUCAAAUUAUUAUGUAUGGUGUAUUAGAUAUGAUUCAGGAAACCGAGUCUUACAAAGAAUUUAAUAAAGAAAUGUAUUUUCUUACAGUAGAUCUCAUGAAUUGGUUCAUAUCAAAUGCAUUUGAAUCUUCACAAGAUUUAAAAGAUCCACGUAUAUCUGGGUUGUUUAACACAUCAUUGGAAGAUGUUCCACCGUGUUUAUUCAUUGUUUCUGAGCUCGACGUUCUUCGCGAUGGAAAUUUAGAAUAUCAAAAAUUAUUGGAAAAAGUCGGUGUUCGAACAAAAAAGUUAGUUGUUCAAGGGGUUCUUCAUGGAUUUUUCGCUCUACCUGGCCUCUAUCCAAAGUCUUGUGCCCAAGCCACCGAAGCAAUACGUGAUUUCCUGAGAACAGUUUGA